AUGAUGAUUCCAGCGUUUUCUGUUGAAGGCUAUAUCGGUAAGGCGUAUUCCGGUUUAGCGGAUGUGCUGCUAGUAAAACGCAGUGGCCGUGAUACCGUAGAGGUGGCACAUGUUAUUCCCAUAGAUAGAGCUGAUUAUGAGCAGGUUAAGAGGGAGGUUUGGUUUCUGAAGUGGCUAUCUCAUCCAAAUAUUGUCUCAUUGGAAAUGACUUUUUCAAGCGGGUCAGAUGUUUAUAUUUUGACUCCAUUUUAUAAUAUGUGUUCUGUUCUGCGAAUCAUACAGACAUAUUAUCAUUAUGGGUUGCCAGAGAAGGCAAUAAUUUUGAUCUUAAAAGGUUUACUCUCAGGACUGCGGUAUCUUCAUGACCAAAAUAUUGUGCAUAGAUCUAUACGAUGCAGCCAUAUUUAUUUGGAUACCAGUGGUGCAGUAAAGCUGGGCAGUCUGCGUCAGUGUACUUUCUUGAAAAGGAAUAAAUUGACCGGGGCUGAAAAUGUGUUGCACGACUUUGAUUUUGAUCUCAGUAGCGAAAUUUUAUGGCUUGCUCCAGAAGUAUUAAAACAGGUCGAUCUUUUUGGAUACGGACUCUUGUCUGAUGUGUAUAGUGUAGGAAUAACUCUUUGUGAAAUGGGCAAUGGAUUCCCUCCAUUUUCGGAUAUGGAUCGGCUUCAGAUGCUGUAUGAGAAGAGUAAAGGAACAACACCUAGGCUUCUUGACUGCACGACGCUCCCUAAUGACGAGGGUGCAAUUCCCGAACAGAAGAAGAGACGCUUCAGUGAUGGUUUUCACGAGUUUGUAGAAAUAUGUUUGAAACCGAUGCCUGAGAACAGGCAAGAGCUUCUCGAAUGGCAAGUAUCCAGACUCGUUUCGCACCCGUUUUUGAAAGCUUCGAAGAAGGGACGUUCAUUUAUUGAACUGUUACCAAAAUGGCGUCCUCUUAGUUUGAGUGACUGUAUGUUACCUAUUUCUCAGAUUCCGGUGCAUUUUCUAGGGAGGGAAUUUUUUUUUACUAAUUUUUUCAUAGAUUAAGA